GGUUGUUGCGCCGAGAAGGGGAGUCUGCGAGGAGAGGAGAGCAAGAGGCACUAACCAGGCUACACAUCUAACCGGGAGGGUAAAAACCCGGACGAAACAACAGGAUUUUAUUGCACAUUUGAACGGUAACAAAAUAAAAUUUGGAUUGUAUAGUGUAGGUCGUUGGAAGAAGGGAUAUUUCGGUGGGAGUUUACAAGCAGUGUGCCUUUUUAACUUCGUACACAGAGUUGUGUUAGUUUGGAUAGGCUAGCCCAGCUGGGGGGAGAGUUUGCUGGUUUGGUCUAGCUGGUUAUAUUUUUUAUUGCGCGUUAGGCGCUCCAGUUGUUGUUGAACUAUGGCGCUCAAAGCGAGGGCUUUAUACGAUUUCAAUUCCGAAAACCCCGGUGAGAUAUCAGUGAAAGAAAAUGAAAUAGUGAGUCUGUACAGCGAACAGGAUAUAGAAGGAUGGCUAGAAGGGUCCAACAGUAAAGGAGAGAGAGGUCUCAUCCCAGCGUCCUACGUCGAGAUCCUGAAGAAUGAUACUGCGUCCACGUUUAACAACAGCAGCACAUCUGGAUCACGGUACGCCAAUAUACCAACCGGAGGUUUCGGGGACUCCUCUUCUUCUUCUUAUAAAAUCCAGAAUCAAACUGACAACUUGUCCAAAACAUCGGUAACAUCACCCGGGUUUAAUGCGUUCUCACCGCCUGUCCCAGUACAACAGCAACACGGAUACCAAGCCAGCCAGGGAAGCGACGAAGACUGGGAUGAUGACUGGGAUGACAGCUCGACAGUGGCUGACGAACCAGGGGUUGUCGGAGGUAAUUACCAAGGGGAUUUUGAUGGCAACGGACCGUCUACAUACAGAGUGUCAACGUCUACGUCUAAAAGUAGCAACGUUCAACAAGCCAAGAGCUCUGCUACGGUCAGUAGAAACCUCAAUAGGUUUUCAACAUUUGUGAAAUCAGGAGGGGAAGCGUUCGUGUUAGGUGAUGCAGCUGGUUUUGUAAAAGAUGGGGAUAAGAUAUGUGUUGUAACGGGACAAUACGGUCCAGAAUGGCAGGAAAACCCAUACCCUUUCGCCUGUACCAUCGACGACCCCACCAAGCAGACCAAGUUUAAAGGGAUGAAGAGUUACAUUGCCUACAAGUUGACGCCCACCCACACACAGACCCAGGUAAACAGGAGGUAUAAACACUUUGACUGGCUCUAUGCCAGGCUGGUGGAGAAGUUCCCUGUCAUCUCGGUACCCCACAUCCCAGAGAAACAAGCCACGGGACGGUUUGAGGAAGACUUCAUCUCUAAAAGGAGGAAGGGGUUGAUAUGGUGGAUGAAUCACAUGACCAGCCACCCGAUCCUGUCCAAGUGUGAUGUCUUUCAGCACUUCCUCACCUGCAACAGCACAGACGAGAAGUCAUGGAAGCAGGGGAAGAGGAAGGCGGAGAAGGACGAGAUGGUGGGGGCAAACUUCUUCCUCACUAUCUCCACGCCCUCCGGACCCCCCCUGGACCUGGUCGAGGUCGAGUCCAAGAUCGACGGCUUCAAAGCUUUCACUAAGAAAAUGGACGACAGCGUGGUCCAAGUCAACGCCACCACCAACGAGUUCGCCCGGAAACAGAUCACAGGGUUUAAGAAAGAGUACCAGAAAGUGGGGCAGGCGUUUAAAGUCCUGGGACAAGCGUUUGAGCUGGACCAGCAGACGUAUUCAGUAGGGUUGAACCAGGCCAUAGCUUACACUGGAGAGGCAUACGAUGCUAUUGGGGACUACUUUGCAGAGCAGCCAAGACAAGAUGUGGACCCGUUAAUGGAUUUGUUACAGCUGUACCAGGGACAUCUGGCCAACUACCCUGAUAUCAUCCACGUACAGAAAGGAGCACUUACCAAGGUGAAGGAGUCCCAGAAGCACGUUGAGGAAGGCAAGAUGGACGCUCCCCAGGCGGACGGCGUCAACGAGCGCUGUAACAUCAUCUCCUUCGCCACGCUGGCAGAGAUCCAGCACUUCCACCAGGUCAGGGUGAGGGACUUCAAGGCCCAGAUGCAGCAGUAUCUAACCGAGCAGAUUGGCUUCUUCCAGAAGAUCACAGGCAAGCUGGAGGAGGCCCUGCAGAAGUAUGACAACGCUUAGACGGAGGGACACCCUGAUUGGUCUAAAUCCGAUUGACCACAUUCUGAUUGGUCGAGAUCUCAUAUCCGACCCCCCCCCACUCCCAUUGGUCCAGAUAUGACCCUUGACCUCCCUCAGUCAGCCAAUCAUUGAAGCCCCCGGUGGACAUUACCUUCAACUGCCAAACAGCAAUACAAUCCACUAUGAGAAAACACUGACCGACCUGGAAAGUCCCCUGAAGGCUGGAUUGUUUCCUGACGCCUGGAUGUUGAUUCCAUGUAUGGUGGCUACUGAUUUGAAGGAGCUUGAGUUGACAUCUGGCUUUGUUUUAAUGGGUUUUAAUGCAGUGGUUUUUUUUUCUGGAUCAAAAUGGGGUUUGGGUGGUGGGUGUGGCCAUGCGCAUGACAAAAUCUGUUUUAAAGCAAAUUUCCUGUAAUUCUACACAUUUUGCCAUGUGGCUGAGAGAAUAUUUGCAGUUUUAUAAAGAUUAUAUCCUCUAACACAUUUUGCUAUGGCUUAUGCUAUUUCAGUGACUCCAACAUUCUAAUGAAAUCAAUGGGGGGGGGCAUGCCUGACAAAUACUCCUGAAUGCAUAAUUUUUAUAUUUUAGAUUCUCCCUGACAGUCUCGCUUUUAUUAUGGUGAUUUUUACUUUUCAAAGAGGCUGUUAUUUUUUUAAUUAAAAAAAAAAUAUAUAUUAGCUUUUCUACAUACUUUAUAUCUUGUUUUAGUCGUUUUAAGUUUACACUGAAAAAUGUUUUUUCAUUUUUUAUUUUUUUCAUAUAUAGUUUUUUUUUACUGUUUGGACAUAGUUGGCCCGACAAAACACUGAGGCAGCGGACAGCCCAAUACUUUUCUACGUAGAGACAACACUGGGGUGGUUUAGGAGGUGAGCCACUCAGACGUGAGACUACAAAAAGGUCAUAUAGCUUCUAUAAAGCUUCUGUUUUGUAUUGAUCGAUGACAAGGCAAACCUCAGUUGGUGGUACGUAUUGAUUUAACGAGGGCUAUCCUCACCGUGACUGGUUUGGUAGGUGUAGUAGUCCACCGAGUGGGUGGAUAUGCUAUUAUCACAAUCGUAACUUAGAGAGGGGAAACUCAAUAUAUGGUGUGUAAACUUGUAUCCCUACUGCUGCGUAUACUAACGACGGUAACAUGGGAAGGUGUUGUGUUCUUUAACCUUGUAGCUCACACUAUGUGGACUAAACCUUUUUAACAACGUGACCAAGUUUUAUCUUAACUAGUAAGUGAUUUGUUCAGAGGGGAGUCUCUACCGUAAAGCAAUGCUGUUUAGUGGCUUUAAACAGUUAAAAUGCUGCCUUCUGCUAUAACGCUUGAGCUCCUCAUAGUGUGUGUCCCAAAUAUCUUCAUAUUCCCUAUAUAUAGUGUACUACUUUUGAUCAGAGCCCUAUGGGUAGUGCGCUAUAUAGGGAAUAGGGUUCCAUUUGGGAAGUCUCAUCUCUAGCAGGGACAUGUUUACACAUACAGACUCCCAGACUUGUGGCUUUUUUUGAUUGUCUCUCUCUGAUUUAUAUAUAUAUAUAUAUUUUAGAUUUUUUUUUUAAAAUAACUUCUAUAAAGGUUUAUGUAAUAAUAUAAAUAUAUUCUCAUAUUUCGUUUUUUAAGAGGCUUGUUUGUUGCAAAUAUUAUAGAAAGGUUAUCGAGAACCACGCUUUUGGACGUGGACUAGUGUUUUUUUGAGAGAAGUGCCCACCCGAUGGGCAGCAGAAUCCGUCGGACUGCUUGGAGUGCUGGCCUCGACGAUUCUCCCUUCAGAGACUGAAGUCUGAUUCAGGGGCAUCAAUGUAGAGCAUGUGACUGGAUCAUUCUGACUGGGACAAGGCUGAUUUUUACAGAGCACGGAGAGGAAGAAAGCUAUACUGCUCUCAGUGGGAUAACCUGUUCUCUUCUUACUGCAGGCUAGGAUUCCAUUCAGCGGACAUCAUGGGACCAUGAACUCUGCCUGCUUCGAGCAGUUCAGAGCCUUGGAACGCAAGGGAACAUGUCUCGGACUGAAAUGGAUUAACACAGACUGAAAUGGACUGGACAGUCGGCUCAGACUGAAACUAAACUGGCCAUUUUAGCCCUCCCUAAAAUCAAUUUCUUUGAAAGUUAUUUGAAGAAGAAAAAAACUCUCUAAAUAUUAUUCUUGCACAAUGUUGAUUUUUUAUUUUUUAACUUUUAUUUUUUAUUUUUUAGAGGUUGAUGGAUGUUAGUCUGUCAGUCAGACUGGUUGAUGGGUAGAGAGAGAGAGAGAUCAGUCAGACUGGUUGAUGGGUAGAGAGAGAGAGAGAGAUCAGUCAGACUGGUUGAUGGGUAGAGAGAGAGAGAGAUCAGUCAGACUGGUUGAUGGGUAGAGAGAGAGAGAGAGAGAGAUCAGUCAGACUGGUUGAUGGGUAGAGAGAGAGAGAGAUCAGUCAGACUGGUUGAUGGGUAGAGAGAGAGAGAGAUCAGUCAGACUGGUUGAUGGGUAGAGAGAGAUCAGUCAGACUGGUUGAUGGGUAGAGAGAGAUCAGUCAGACUGGUUGAUGGGUAGAGAUCAGUCAGACUGGUUGAUGGGGAGAGAGAGAGAGAUCAGUCAGACUGGUUGAUGGGUAGAGAGAGAGAGAGAGAUCAGUCAGACUGGUUGAUGGGUAGAGAGAGAUCAGUCAGACUGGUUGAUGGGUAGAGAGAGAUCAGUCAGACUGGUUGAUGGGUAG